AUGCAUUUGCCACUGAAGAUCGGGUCUGCGAGCGCCCAACUUGUCGUGCUCAGAUUGCAAAGGGCCAACCUUGCUUUUACGUUGCUACAAUGCAACCUGGCAGAUCUGGGCGCAAUACGAUAUGAAAUGAGGUCUGUAACAUCCAAGAGACCCACCACAUCAACGCCGGCAGUUAAUUCUCAGCAUCUGUCAAGUGAACUAGUAAGGCCUGACCCUCAGAUCAUUCGGAAGUCAGUGAAUGCUGCCCAACGUAAAUUAAGUGUGAAUCCGCCACGCGUCGUUGCAAUCACCGACUGGACGAAUGGUACUAUGGGCCCACCACCUGUCCCUUCACAUUGCAGCCGUACAAUUACUGGGCCUGAUAUCUCUAUUCCUAUGUCUUGGCAGGGGCCGGCAGCCUCACCUGUACCAUCGCGGUUUACGGGUCCCAUUGGGUAUUCAGCUCGCCAUCGAUCGUAUUCGACUGAGCAUCAGAAAUGGUCAAAACUUGCGUAUGCUACUCCCGGUGGCGCAAUGGCUGAAAUGAUUUCACUGGAGAUCUCUGCUGUUCAUGAAGCAGGGGGGCGUAAGAAAGCAAGAGGUAUAUUAAUUGGGAAUAUCUGCGAGGGCAAGAAGGAUAUUGACGCCCCAAGCCUCAUCAGCUUGGCUUUGGAGACUGCUCUGCCGAAGCUACGUGCAUUUAGCGGCGCCUUUUCUUGGCGCGAUCAUGAAUUCAUUGUGCAAGACUUAAAAUGGGUUGAUCUCGCGACGCACCAGCCAUCAAUCCCUUAUUUCUACUCUCAGUGUCUUCAGCCUGCCCGCAAAGGUCCAACGAAGGCCCCGAUAUUCAAGACGAAACAAUUUAGCCUUAUGGUAGUUGUGCCAGAGGCUCAAUGGACCGAAUUUGAAGAUUGGCAAGAAGCAAAUGAAUUGGCAAUCAAACACUCAAGCCACCGUGCUAAGGGCAAGCACAGGGCACCACUGUUUGCCGACUCAGUGGAAUCACACACGGAUGACCCGCCAUUUGACAACCCACCAUUUGACAACCCACCGUUUGACAACCCACCGUUUGACAACCCACCUUUUGAUGACCCCCCAUUCGAUUCUGAGUUAGCGCCGGCCGCUACUACCCCAGUCCCUUCACUCGCCAAUGCACCAGUUACCACUGCCAGUGGUUCAUCUAUCAAGCGGACUCAUGAACGUGCAAUAAGUUCCACCUCUAGUAGCAUUUCACCUCCUCGACCUCCUCGCAAAACGCCUCGUAAUCCCUCUCCAGCACUUCUUUGCUCUCCUGAUCGCAAUGACCUCAAGACGGCCCUGCAGAUUGGCGGAGGUGCCGAUUUGGAUAUGCAGCAGGGUACGUCAUCGUUUGCUGGUGUAUGUGUUCAACAUGCUCACCAAGAUGUAAGUCUCUAA